AUGAAUACGGCGGCUUCGCCGGGCCGGCUGACGACCCCGAAGGUGGAUCUCCACAUAUUGGACGGCCUCGUUGCUGACCCUCGCCUCGGUAUCGCCGGGACCCUCGAGUUGUUUCGAGGUCAAACCUCUCAGGAUUUCCGCCCGAACAAGGCCCUCCGGUCGUGGCUAUAUCGCCUGCAUCUUUCCUCCUAUCCACAACUCGGGCUGCUGUGUAACAUUGCUGAGAACGGCUUGGUCCCACAUUGGGUGGACCCUGUUCUUCGGACCGGUGUCCGACCGUCGCCGCCUAACUACCCAGGAGCCACCCAAGGAGCUUCAAUCGUGACACACAAGUUGCUCGCGGACUACUAUCAUGGAAGAUGCAUUGUGGCCACGUUGGCUACGUUGGAAGCCGACCCAGGAUUUCAUGCCAGUCCCUUUGCGCUCGUUCCCAAGAAGGAUUUGCCCCUAGACGUGGACGGCCGCAUCAUCCACGAUCUAUCAGCCCCAACGGGCCUUUCCGUCAAUGACCACACAGAUUCUUCAAUGUCCCCGGACGCCACGUGGGACCCGUUCUACAUGCGCGUCAUGCAUCCGCGUUCGGGGGGAAAUUUCCGCAGUACGAACCAUGGUAUUGUGUCUGGUAUGGCUGUUUUCGGUUGGACCGCGUCCCCUGGCUUCUUUGCCGUGUUUGGCAAGCUGUUCGACACUACCAGCGUUCGGUGGGUCGAUGACAUCGUGUUGAUCGAGGUCGAUAUUGGUGAUCGAUUGAAACAAGCAGAGACACGUCUCAGAGACGGCAUCAAGCUCGUAUUCGGUUCCGAUGGUUGGCACGAAGGAAAGUUUAGGACCUGGUCCCGUGAGUUCCACGCGGCGGGAAUUGACUGGGAUAUCCCGAGCGAAGUAGUAUCGGUUCCUCAAAGGAAAAUCGACAAGACCAAAGCAGUGGUUUUGAACCUGCUUGGCAAACGAGCGAUCUCAAGGAAACAACUCGAUAGUCUGGUGGGCGUGUUACGACACGUGAUCAGCUUUAUCCCGAUUACAAAACCUUUCAUUCAGAGUCUAGUAGCUGUUCAGAACAGCUUGCGGAGACUACGACAGUCAGUCGUGUCACUAACUGAGUUUCUCAAGAAGGACUUGGUCUGGUGGAGCGAGCUCGUAUUCCAGAACGAGUUUAGAGGCAUGCCGAUGCGCCUAUUCGACACAGCCCCAAGCUACGACGAAGUCUGGCUGAAGACGCAGCAGCUCAAACGAGCGAGCGUCGCCGAGGGGACACUGGGGAGGUACACCAGGAAUUUCAAGUUCUGGGAGUCCUUCUGCACCGACUUCGGAUUCCCGGUCUGGAUCGACGAGCUGCCCAGGGCACAACAAGCACGGAUGGUGGGACUGUUCGCCGGAGUAUGUGCUUCCGAAGGACACAACCGGAGUAAGAUCGGCAACAAGUAUCAGACCUUCGACGGAAAAAUGGCAGCGGUGGUCUUCGCGCAAAAGGCAGUUCGGAAUGCCCGGCUCAACUACCAUGACCCGGAAUUUGACCUUAUCGCUCAGGGAUACAAGCGCACCAACAGCCAAGUGGAGCGGAAGCAACCAGUUACUACUCAGAUGCUGCUCAAAAUCUACGAGCAGAUAGACAUCGCAGACUCUGAGUCUCGGUUAGUGUGGGAUUCGAUUGUGAUGGGGUUUUAUUUUCUCGACCGUAGCUCGGAGCUAUGGGGACCGGUUCCCACGGCUCGUUCCGGCAGCGGCGACCGUGUGCACUGCGUGCCAACGUGGUUCUGCGAGAUCGCCGUGAGGUACAGACCGGACCGGAGUCCGACGAUGCGCACUCAGUAA